CCUUCGCGGGCGGCAGCCCGCAUGCGCAGGCGGGGCCGGCCGGGCGGCGAGGCGAGGCAGCGGUAGAGCCGGAGUGGAGCAGGCAGCGAGCAUGGCCGCGGCGGGCAGGGUGCUGGUGUACGGGGGCAGAGGGGCGCUGGGGUCCCAGUGCGUGCGGUACUUCAAGUCCAGGAACUGGUGGGUGGCCAGCAUCGACCUGGCGGAGAACGAGGACGCCAGUGCCAACGUGGUGGUGGGGGCGACCGACUCCUUCCCCGAGCAGGCCGAGCAGGUGACAACAGAGGUUGGAAAACUUCUUGGUGAAGAAAAGGUGGAUGCAAUCUUGUGUGUAGCAGGAGGAUGGGCUGGAGGCAGCGCCAAAGCUAAAUCUUUAUACAAAAACUGUGAUCUGAUGUGGAAGCAGAGCGUUUGGACGUCAACUAUUUCCAGCCACCUAGCCACAAAACAUCUGAAAGAAGGCGGCCUCUUGACUUUGACAGGAGCUCAAGCUGCUUUGUCUGGAACCCCAGGGAUGAUUGGCUAUGGCAUGGCCAAAGGAGCAGUGCAUCAGCUUUGUCAGAGUUUAGCUGGUGCCAAUAGUGGCUUGCCAUCUGGUUCUGCUGCCGUUGCCAUUUUACCAGUUACCUUAGAUACACCAGCAAACAGGAAAUCAAUGCCUGACGCAGAUUUCAGCUCCUGGACACCCUUAGAAUUCAUUGCUGAAACCUUUUACGACUGGAUAACAGGAAAGAAUCGACCAAACUCAGGGAGUCUAAUCCAGGUGAUAACUACAGGAGGGAAGACUGAACUAGUUGCAGCAGCACAUCUUUGAUGUCGGUCACUUAAGGCGGUGGAGCUUCAGCAAAGGAGAAGCUAUGGAAAUCUGUCUGCCAGUAUAAUUUGGAUGGCCUUCUGUAGCCAGUGAUUGUAGUUAUGUCAUUAAUGGAACCAGAUUUCAAGUAAUAUUUAUGUGCUGUCAGUUGUCAGCUAUCAGCAUUUGUUUACCAACAAGUAUCAAGUAUUUGUCUCUAAAGGAAAGUUGCAGGCUUUAAAGUCUGAUGUCCUAAUUCUGAGCAUUAUAUGUCAACUUACCUGCUUUCUCUGAAAUGGGAAUUGUGCUUGCUUAUGUCGUGUAAUCACAUACAUAAUGGUUGGAUUUUUUUCUUGGUCAGUAAGUGUUUCUGGCAACUUACUGUGAAUCUUUCAGUAGUCUGUCUUUUUCUGUCUGAGAAUAUAACCCUGCCCCUGCAUAUUAUGUUGGCUGUAAGUAUAGGAAACAUUGCAGUCAUAUAAUGUCCUGGUCUUGUAACAUUUUUCUUGUGAAUGUUCCACUUGAGUUAAUGGACCUGUAUAGAGAUUACUCACUUGAGAAGGAGUUCCUAAUUUGCCUUACAGUUAUAAGCUGCUAUCAGGCCUACAGUUGUAGGAUAAAACAGUUGUUCUGCCAAAUGAUUAGUAUGUCUCUGUGUUAGCCAUGAUGCUUCUUUACUUUUUGAAAAAGCAAAGUGCUGUAAAGAAGUACUGGGAAAAGCAUACACACACUUGUAUUUGAAUAUGGAACUUUUUGUGCUAAAUAAAUGUAUAUUGUUUAUGUA